CCACUAACAAGCAUCAAGAAAGUUAGACCCCUUUGGUUUAUUCUAGGCUUGAACAGGGCUCGAACGAAAAAUCGAAAGACAUGGGUGAUAAAAACAAAUCGAAAAAGGUCACAUACAGUUACACCACAUUGAAUGAACUUCGUCCCAAUACAAAGGCGGAUGUUUUUGGGGUGGUGAAGUUUAUCAAGCCUCCAUACAAAAGCAGGGGCAGUGACUACUGCACAAUGAUCAGCAUCACAGACUCCAGCAUGACAGGGAUGGAUGACAAGCUGAAGUGCCUGCUGUUUGCAAAGGAGGAGAGCAUGUUGCCCAGUCCAGACGUCGGCGACAUUGUCCGCUUUCACAGACUCUCUGUGAGCAUGUUCCGGGACAGCCUUCAAGGUCAGAGCAGCCCGGGCUUUGCGUGGCUCGUGUUUUCUGGGCGUCAAAAGCAACCAGUUGAGCCCAAAACCUCUUCCUCACCCACAUACUCCUUUACUGACAGUGACAAGGACAAGAUACGCGAGCUGCGUUCAUGGGCAAGCAAGAAUGAUGAGUUCAAAGAAAACCUGUGCAGCUUCAAUGAUGUGGCAACGGGAUGUUAUUUUGAUAUUUACUGCCAGGUUGUUAGUACAUCAGUGAUUGAAGCAGGUGUGGGACGCUUGUUACGAGUCUGGGAUGCCACACAGUGCCUAUAUAACGUUCGUGAGGUAUCUGCCGACUCUCAACUUGAAGACACACAGACGGACGAACAGGUUCACAAGAGAGCCAGGGGCUUCAUUUAUGAUGUUUCAGUGUUUGAUGACCAUUUCAAAUCUUCCUCACAUAUCAAGCCUGGUGACUAUGUUAAGUUUAUUAAUCUCCACGCCUCGGAAUGGAAGGACAACAAUCGUUCACACCGGCCUGCAAUUGAGUUCUGUCUUCACCGUGGCAACUCUUUUGGUCGGUGUGUUAGAGUGGUCUCCGCUGAUUUGCCCGAUCUCAUCUCGCUGAAACAGCGCCAGGAAAUUGUGGCGCUCGAUAACGAAAGCUUCAGUGUCACAGGAAUCAAUUCACAGACUGCUGUGGGGAAUAGUAGUGGCAAUUCACAAGCUGUUGCGGGUAAUAGAAGUGGUAGUAAUGACAGGGAUGAUGUGGAAACUGAUGUUGACAAUCAUGUGCAAUAUUUUAGUCAUGCCACAGCACAAGGAGAUAAAAAUAGUGUCAGUGAGAAGAGAGACAAUGUUGAGUCUAAUUGGGGAAAAAAUAACAUGGUUGAGGAUGUGAUUGUGAUAUCAUUUCAAUCACAAGAGGCAAGUUCACUGGAACUCGGGGACAAGAUUGAUGGUACUAAAGCUACUAAACCGGUUACUGACAAAAUAAGGUAUGUUGAGUCUCAAGCGUCAUCAUCAAAAGCUGGUGACACAAGAGGUGCUGACAAGGUUAGAGCUGGUGACACAAGAGGUGCUGACAAGGUUAGAGCUGGUGACACAAGAGGUGCUGACAAGGUUAGAGCUGGUGACACAAGAGGUGCUGACAAGGUUAGGCAAGCUGGUGACACAAGAGGUGCUGACAAGGUUAGGCAGGUUGGCAAAGGCAUUGCAACCGAAAAUCAAAGAUAUAUUUUCAAGAGAGCUGCUGUAAGUAAUGCUAGAGCUGAAAUGACGGUGAAUAGUAAUGAGAAAAAAGCCGAUCAGAGACGAUGCAUGGUCCAAACCAGUACAGUUGUGUUGGAUCACCCCCACGUUAAUUGCUCUCAGAUCUCGGCAGUUCUCAGCCAUGCAGUGCCAUACAAGUUCCGUGUUCGAGCCAAGAUGCUGGACUUCCACCCCAAACCGGACUCGGCUAAGACAUUUCUGCAACUGUACUGUCAUGUCUGCCAUUACCUGUGUCCAUAUCCAGAAAAAGACACUAUUCAGAAUGGAAGCACUGUACCCCGCCUUCAGAUCGGCAGCACAUUUCAAAAUGUUCCACACUUCAACUGCCCCCAGUGCUUUGAGGGCAAGGACAGCCUGCCAGCUCUAGAUUCACCACCGCAUUUAAAGUACAUCUUCAUGCUGCGAUUCAUUCUGUCCGAUGAGACCGGAAUGUUGAUGGCAAACAUAUGGAAAGAGGAUGCAGUUCAACUCUUCCAAGAUAUGCAACCAGAAGAUCUACUCAGGAAAGAAUCAAAUAUUGAGAUUGUUAGAGACUAUUUGAACCGCAUCUGUCCGCCUAAUACAGCGUUGUGUGAUAAGCCAUGGAUCGAGGGAUGCCUGAGGUCUUUCCAUAAUGCCUGUGGGACAGUCUACCAAAUGUUUGAUACUUUUAUCGUGUGAACAAAUGGAACAGACUUAAUUUUAAGUUGUUAACAAAAUGUUUGAAUUUUUUUUGUGAAGAGCCUUUAUAUAUUAGCCUCAUUCUGAGAUAAUGGGGCUUAAUGCAUUUGUGUCUUGUUCUGAGAAAACUGGGCUUAAUUCAUGUGCGUAAAGUGUCGUCCCAGAUUAGCCUGUGCAGUCUGCACAGGCUAAUCAGGGACAACACUUUCAGCUUUUAUGGUAUUUUUAGUUUCAAGGAAGUCCCUCCUUACUGAAAAUCAAGUUUAGGGGGAAAGUGUCGUCCCUGAUUAGCCUGUGCGGACUGCACAGGCUAAUCUGGGACGACACUUUACGCACAUGCAUUAUGACCAGCUUUCACAGAACAAGACACAAAGUGUCAUCCCAGAUUAGCCUGUGAAGUUCGGAAAUGGUUCUCAGAGAAAACAUGUUCAGUCUAUACUGGAUUAUCUUUUUUAGACUUCCUUUAAACAAAAAAUAUUAUCAAUCCAGAAAGUGCCAUGCUUGAUUAUUCUGUGCAGACUGCACAGGCUUAUCUGGGACGACAAGUUACCUGCAUUCAUUAAGUCCCUUUUUUCAGAGCAUGGCUCAUACGAAUUACUUCCCUUUUGUUUAUUUUUUUAAAUUCUUAAAAAUAUCUCUAUCAUUAAAUAAUUAGUCAAAACA